AUGAACAGAGGAGCAAACUCUGCUUCCAUCCCUAAUGAUCUCAUUCUUGAAAUACUCUCGAGAUUGCCUGCAAAGUCAACCGGGAGGUUUCGCUGCGUGUCGAAGCUGUGGGGAUCCAUGCUUUGCCAUUCAUAUUUCACGGAGUUGUUCUUAACGAGGUCCUCGGCUCGUCCACGUCUCUUAAUUGGGAUCCACCAAGACGGUGACCGGUUUUUCUUCUCGUGUCCUCAGCCUCAAAGCCCAUAUGAUAACUCUUCUAUUGUUUUAGCAGCAGAUUUUCAUAUGAAGUUCGGUAGAGUUGAGGAUGAAUGGGUUUAUCAUAUUCUGACAUUAGGAACUGAAAAUGUGAGGUGGAGGGAGAUUAUAUGUCCCUUUUCAUAUGAUCCUCCUCGGGAAAAGCCGAUAUGCAUCAAUGGGGUUUUGUAUUACAUAAGUGUCGGUAGUUAUUAUUCACUUAUAGGUUGCUUUGAUGUUAGGUCUGAGAAAUUCAAGUUUUUAUAUCUAAGCCCAGAUUGCUUUCCAAACUGGUCUAGAAAAUUGAUAAACUAUAAGGGUAAAUUAGGUGUGACUAUAAUGGAAGAUUAUCAUGGUGGAUUUCCCCUUAAGUUGCGUAUGUGGGUUCUAGAGGAUGUCGAGAAAGAGGAAUGGACGAGAUAUGCCUACACUUUGAGGCCUGAGAAUAAAGUCGAGGACAAUGACUAUGUAUAUGUUGUUGGGGCAACUGCUUCAGGUGAAAUUGUUUUGACGAAACAGAAUGCAUAUAAACCGUUUUAUGUUUUCUACUUUAGUCCUGAAAGGAACACUCUCCUAAGCGUUGAAAUCCAAGGUGUUGGAGAAGAAUGGUUUUAUCAUAAUGUUUACUACUUUGUAGACCAUGUCGAGGAUCUUAGGUUUGAUGUUAUGAAGACAACAUAUGCUGGAACAUCUAGAAGCCCACCAAAACAGAGCACAUCAACAUCAUCUAGAGAAGAUCAUGAAGUGAGGACCCUUGCUCACCAGAAAGAAGAUCGUCUUACGUUUGAGAGUGUUAACCAAUUUGAUGCUCUGCGUCUUUUAGAAGAUGAUUAA